UCAUUCAGUCCCUCUCUGAUUCACUCUAUCGGCGUGUGUUUGAGGGGACGAGUAGUUGGAGUAAGGAGACGCCGGGUGGUUGUGCAUUACAAACGCCUUUUUUUGAGAAGGAAACGCCGCAAAAAAAUUGCACCGCAGGCAGGAGAAACGACCCCCGGCGACGACUUCUGUGAAAUUAACCUACGCAACGACUGCGCCACACGCACAAACAACAAACGCAGCCAAGCUACCAAAUGCUAGCCGACUAGCAUCCCUGAAAACUGACGGAGUGAGGGUGUUGAUAGCUAGCCUCCCAGCUAAUUAUCCAUCAGCUAGCAUCCUCCUGUCGUAGCAUCAUUAGCUCGCCUUUCCUCCUCGCGCACGUCGAGACUUCGUCGUUGCUCGUAGCGGUGUUUUUCUGCUCGCGAGCGCUAACUCUCACAUUCAGACCUAACGGACAACGGGGCUGUUUGCUGCUGAAGACAACGUCUGCGUUGCUUUAGUUGACACCAUCACACCCAUCUCCCCAACCCCUUCACCUCUACCCCUCUCCCCUCCACCCGAAACACUGGAAAUCCACAAGCGGCCGGAGAGCGGCGAAGGGCCGGCGAAGCUGGGGGUGGUAACGUUGCCGGACGUGGCGGGAGUCGUAGCGGCCACAGACAAGCACAGCCGUGGGGAUCUACCGACGAGUAUGGACGGACUGGCCGUGGAAGUUCGCGGCUCGAACGGGGCCUUCUACAAGGGUUACAUCAAAGAUGUCCACGAAGACUCACUCACAAUUGUAUUUGAAAACAACUGGCAGCCAGAGAGACAGUUGCCUUUCAGUGACGUGCGGUUGCCUCCACCAUCUGAUUACCACAAGGAAAUUGGUGAAGGAGAGGAAGUGGAGGUUUACUCCAGGGCCAAUGAACAGGAGCCUUGUGGCUGGUGGCUGGCACGAGUCAGAAUGAUGAAAGGAGAGUUCUAUGUGAUUGAAUAUGCAGCAUGCGAUGCCACAUACAAUGAGAUUGUUACCGCGGAGCGUAUCAGGCCCGUCAACCCCAACAGUCCUUCAUCUCGGAACUCCUUCUACAAGGUCCCUGUCCCUGUUCCAGAAGACCUGAGGGACAUCUGCGCUAAUGACAACAUUCACAAAGACUUCAGGAAAGCGAUAGGAGCCAACUGCAUCUUCUACAGUGCCCAAACACACGAACUGAUUGUGCUGUCUACAAAUGAAACCACAGUAAAGCGUGCAACUCUUUUGAGCGACAUGCAUUUCCGCAGCAUCCGUACCAAGCUUAUGCUAAUGUCCCGCAACGAAGAAGCCACCAAACAUUUGGAGACGAGUAAGCAGUUAGCAUCAGCAUACCAAGAGGAGGUAAGAGUUAGGGAGGACCUAAUGGGCCUUGCCAUCGGCUCACAUGGUGCCAACAUCCAGCAGGCAAGAAAAGUGCCCGGAGUCACAGCCAUUGAGCUGGAGGAGGAAAGCUGCACAUUCAGGAUCUAUGGAGAGACUCCAGAAGCAGUGAAGCAGGCUAGAGAGUAUCUUGAGUUCAAAGAAGACUACUUCCAGGUACCCAGGAACCUUGUAGGAAAAGUCAUCGGCAAGAACGGCAAAGUCAUUCAGGAGAUUGUGGACAAGUCUGGUGUGGUCCGUGUUAGGAUUGAGGGAGACAAUGACAAAAAACUUCCCCGGGAGGAGGUAGGCAGGCAGGGGGCUGGUAGGGACGACACUGCCAGCAGCAAAGAGGGCAUGGUUCCCUUUGUCUUUGUGGGUACUAAAGAGAACAUCAGCAAUGCUCAGGCUUUGCUGGAAUACCAUGUGUCUUAUCUCCAGGAAGUGGAGCAGCUGCGCCUAGAGCGUCUCCAGAUAGAUGAGCAGCUUCGUCAGAUUGGGGUGGGAUACCGUGCUCCUCCUAGUCGAACUGGGGCUCCUGGUGUGGAACGGGAGAAAGGCUACUUGACGGAUGAAAGCAGCAACUCACUCCAUGCUUCUCGCACAUAUGGGGGCCGUGGUAGAGGACGCAGGCCUUCCAACACUCAGUACUCUGGAUAUGGUACCAACUCUGAACUAUCCAAUGCUUCUGAGUCGGAGGAAGUUGAGCGUGACCAGCGGCCCCGUGGCCUAGGUGGAGAGGAAAGAGGCUCCCGGCGACCUGCCAGGGGCAGAGGCUCCACCUCUGGACGAGGCCGUGGCGGACCAGGGUCCAAGCCUUCGAACUCCAUCAGCUCAGUGCUGAGAGACCCAGACAGUAACCCAUACUCCCUGCUGGAGGGUGAAGGAGAGCUCGCUGACGCAGACAUAAGUGAAGGCAUGGGAGCUGAUCGCCGCAGACGCUCUCGCCGCCGUCGCAAUGACCAGGAGCCCAGCGUUAUGGAUGCUGCCACCGAGUCAGACAGUCAGGCCGGCCCCAGUGAGAACGGCCUGGAUGAUGAGGCCCGACCUCAGCGCCGUAACCGAAGUCGCCGCCGCCGUAACCGUGGCACCCGCCCAGAGGGAGGAUCCACCAGCCGUGAAAGACAGCCAGUAACAGUUGCUGACUACAUAUCCCGUGCUGAGUCACAGAGCAGACAGAACCUUCCCCAGAAGGAAAACCACGCUGGCCCUGAGCCUAAGGAGAACGGGACUAGCGCUGAGAAGGAUGAGCGAACGCCCUCCAAGCGUUCCCCCAGCAAAGGCAUGAGCUCGGCCAGUGAGACCCUGACCUUGGUCAACGGGGUCUCGUAAAGAGGCGGCCCAAACCCCUCGCGAACCCAAGUCUAGAGCAAGACUCCAUGGCAAAAUCUGUCCCUGCUUGCAUUAACUUAAACCUUAAACAGAUGAGUGAAAAGUACCUGACAAAAUACCUGAAUUCAUACUAUGAGAGUGAAAAAGUACAAAAAAACGACAAACGCAUCUACUUACAAACACACGUUAAUGGUGUAUGCUAUCCUAUCUAUCAGUACUUAGUGCUUAUUUAAAAAAAAAUACAACUAGCUUGCCAAAAAGGGGCUGGUGGAUAUGACUUGAUUUUUAAACAUACUGAAACACGAGAAACAGGACAAGACUUUCUGUUGUUUUGUUUUUGAAACGGUUGUCUUUAUUUGUGUCUUUAUUUUUGUUAUGUUAAUUUUGUUCAUUGUUUAUCACUGGUUUGGACUUGGCGGUCGCUCUCUCAACCAAAACGGACACGUCUCUUAACAGUGUUAAAAUACAGAUGAGAGAUUUAAGAUUAUAGGGAGUGGUGUAUGAGCAGACAGUCCAACAGCCUAUGUGACGAGAUGUUCGCACACUGAACCUGGGAGUGAAGACAGACAGAUUGGAAUACUGAUAGACAUUGUGCCUUGAAUUUGAAAGAAUUAAUAAUAAAAAAAAAAACUUGAGUUUUUCCAUUAACUUUGGUUUUGUUUCCCAAGAGGAAGAAAAGUGGAGAGGAGUUUUUCCAGUGUUUUUGUUUUUUCAAGGAGAGAUCAAACCUGUGAGGAAGUGAUGAAUGAAACGAGGAGGAGGGAGUGACUGGGCAGCGUGACGAAAGACAAGUCUUGGUGCCAAAAGAUGAAAUUCAAGGCGCUUGUCCUCAUUCCGAGUAAAACAGACGGCAUUGGGGUCGUAUUUGUGUCUGUGUGCGCGUUUGUGUGUGUGCGUGUGCGGCGCGCAGUUGAGAUUUGGCAACCAUAAAACUAACUGGGAUGGUUGAGAGGUAACAAAGUACCCGAGUGGGUCACAUGGUGAGGCAUCUUUAGCCAUAGACCUGAGGAGGGGGUGUCAGGAGGUGUCACUUCCUCCUUUCACCUGUUCUUUGGAUUUCAAGGGUCCAGGGUGGCUCCCAUACAGCUUGUGACCAGGGACAGGCUGAGACCAGGCAUAGGGCAGACUUGAAAUGGAGAUUUAGACUCAAAGACAAAAUACUGUGCCUCUUUCUGCGUAUGUUUGGGGUGGGGGGCGGCAGCAGUGCUAGCUUCCAGCCACACUAGUGUCUUGAUAAACCAGAGCAGCAGGCAGCCCCAGAUGCACACGGGGGGGCAACCACCUUAUUAGGCUAGGUGCUGCUAGUGAGAGAAGGGCCUGGAGACUGUGGACUUGGGGAUUGGGACAUCUUCCAAUGACAUGAGAACCACAUGAGACACAGGUCCACACUAACAGGUACACACCAGCUUCGUGCAAGCAGAGCAACCGCCCGCGCGGCACGUUACCGAGGACCGAAAAGGAAAAAGAAGCAGGGUGUCUGUCUCGUACCUGAUAGUUUGAGUUGGCGUACGGAGUAAGAGGAACUCCAACCCUCAGUGGCUCUCUGCUCAUGUUGUUUCUGUUGUCUUGGUUACCGCUCUCAAGUUCUUCUGUUGCUAUUUCCACAUCUUAGAAAAUAUUAAAUAAAAAAUUGAAGUGAAAUCAACCUCUUCUUUGGAGACGAACUUUGAUUUCUCUGUUUUGUGAGUUUGCAGUCUAUUUUUCUAACCUGCAUGGCAUUCAGCUAACGAGUAGUAGGUGGUACCUGUGCAUGAGGAAAAGGGUUUAUUAAUCUGACUUGCAAAGCCAUUGUUCCAUUCACUAGAAUUGCUGCUAAUGUACACACUGAAUGUCCAGCUAAGGUAGAAACUCUACAGUGGAGAGAGAAGCGCUAUGACUCGAAACCUAUCCAUCCCCUCGCUUUUCUGCCCAGAACGUCCCAGUUUUCUAUUGGUGGAUGCGAGUCAGGGAAGGAUCCACUGCUUUGUUCACAAAUGGAGUCUCACCAAGUAUUCACUUGACCAAGGGCAACAUGUGUGCGUGACAUGACAAGCAAAUGUCCACAUGACCAAAGGUUUUGAGAGACAGAUGAACGGGGGCGUGGUUGACUAGAGAUGACCCAGAUGCUGCUGUUAUAUAUUACUGCUCAUACUUCCUGUACGCUGUGUUUUUAGCCAAUGAACGAGCACUUGAGUAUUUGUACCUUCAGUUGCAUGAGUGCGAGUGGAGGUCGAAGCCCGGGUAUGUUUGCAUUGACCUUUAUACCUCAUUGUGUGAGUACUGUAUCCCCCUGUGUAUCUGUAUCCCUCAUGUCCUGUUGAAAGACUGCUGUGUGUGUGUGUGUGUGUGUGUGUGUGUGGAUGCUGAUUGUACAGUCGACUCCUCACUCUGUCAGAUUUUGUCUCUGGUUUUCUCACUCAUGUUCUGAUGGCAAUAAAGGACUUUUCAUUGUUUGUUACA